CACACCUUAUGGCAAAAAUCUUUCUUUAAACACACACACACACACAUACACACACAGCGUAACAUUACCCUGAAUCAUCCUGACCCCAUUCAGCCUCCCUGCAUAUCCAUGGGUUCUAGGGCAGGCAAUUUAAUAAAAGCAUCCCCUGCAUUGGCCCAUCAGACACAUCUGUGGACUGGGUCCUACCCGAGCCUGCCAGUGUGUGAUUCCUGAAAUGAUUCCAGGAGCCACAGGGAAGGAAGCUCCUAAUGGCUCCUGCCAAGGUCAUUUCUUUGCUGGGAUUUUCUUUGCCAGGGAGGUGUAUGACCCUGGAAUCAGUGAAUUCCAUUCCUGCCUCCAUGGCUUCCAGUCUGUUUCCUCCUCUGCAGAAUGAAAAUAGCCUCACCAAAUCGGUGCACUUCCGAACCCCUUCCCGAGAGCAACCGGGACCCCCAGGCAGGUUUGCCAAGGAGUCUCCUACCGACAGCAGCCACAGGGUUGGACCAUGGGCUCUCUCACUGGCAGCCAGGUAAGUCUCCUCCCCAGGUCGUCCUCCCGUGCAGCGCCCCGCCUGCUGCAGGUCAGGGCGGGCCUGGUGGCUCGGGAUGCCAGGCCAUCUGAGGUUCAGAAGUGGCAGGGCUGAACCAUGGGGAAGAAGCGCGACGCCAUCCUGGACGCGCUGGAGAACCUGACCACGGAUGAGCUCAAGAAGUUCAAAUUGAAGCUGGGGGCGGCGCGGCUGCCCGAGGGCUUUAAGAACAUCCCGCGGGGGGCGCUCGGGCAGCUCGACGCCGUGGACCUCACCGACAAGCUGGUCUCCUUCUACUGCGAGGACGACAAUGAAAAUAGCCUCACCAAAUCGGUGCACUUCCGAACCCCUUCCCGAGAGCAACCGGGACCCCCAGGCAGGUUUGCCAAGGAGUCUCCUACCGACAGCAGCCACAGGGUUGGACCAUGGGCUCUCUCACUGGCAGCCAGGUAA